ACAUAACAGUUCUAGAGGUUGAAAAGUUCUGAUGUUUGUCAAUGGAGCUCUUUCGUUAGUCAGUGUUUUUCUCAGAAGACAUCGUCUGCAGUUGGUGAUAUACUUUUCAACAUCAGAAGUCAUUCCAGGCCAGUAAAAUCUAUCUCUGAUCAAACUAAUGGUCUAUUCUCUUCCAGGAUGUCCCAUUUCGGUAUGAAGCAGUUUGGCAAAGUUUCGAUACAUUGCAGCAUGUUGUUGUGAAAAAUUGAACGGCAGCUGAUGUUUUCUUGGCUGGUCAUUAUUUCUGACAUAUGGUAUCCAAAAGCGUAAUACAGGAUCAUUCUCUUGGUAGUACUGCGGCUUAGAAGAUUUUGAAGAUGAGCACGGAAUACGUAGAGAGAACUGAGACCACCACUACUUCUGAUGGCAGUGGAAUUUCUUUCCAGAGAGGCUACCUUCAAUCUCUCAAGUCAUAUUUAAAAAUUGCAGAAAUGGUAUUGGACCUAAUUGCUUUUAUCUGCGCCUCCGUGGACUGGUGGGUUCCUUUGGGACAAGGCUGGGCACAGUUUGUCUUCAUAUCAGCGCUGAUUACCACUCUCAUCUUCUUCAUAUUUCAUCUCUUCAAUGUUAUUUCCAAGCUCCCUGGCCCGUGGAUAUUCAUUGAGUUUGUGUACUAUGUGGUGUACUGUGUGCUGAUCUUUAUUGCUGCUAUUGUCUGCCUGGCAAGAGGAGCUCAGUUUAGCCAUGGUGGAAUUAUUGCAGCUACUAUAUUUGGAUUGGCUGCUUUUGCUGUGUACUGUGUGGAUACCUUCUUCAUGUACAGGAACUGGCAAGCAUCUAAGUUUCAUGCUGGAUCAGCAUCAGGUGACACCACAGGUGCCACAACCACCACCACCACCCACACCACUUAUGAAACCCGUACCCAGUACUAAAAUGUCAGGACCACUUCAACAUUCCUCAAAUGUUACCUAUGAAGGAUGAAGUAUUAGAUCUGAAAAGGAUUUAUUUUGAAGAUUGUCUUUAUUUGUAUAAUAUCUACCUUGUUUUGUUUCUGUUUUUCUACCAUCCAGGUACUGGGUACCAUUUUUGUAGUUACAGUUGUAGUUGAUCGAUAGAGAUUAGACAAAGAUUUGGUUUUGUAGUAAGAAAUUUGAUUUGCUAUGAUAACACUGUAUGAUUUGGUGUGAGUCUGUACCUUGCAGCAAUUUCUGUUGUGAUCUGAUAGUUCUGUGUACUUUUAUUGUGAAUGUGCAUGAUAUACUGUAAUCAUAUUUGCUGUUCACACAUUAUGUAACCACAGUGGGAUGCAGGAUUAAAAAAAAUCAAUACUAUUUAAAAGCUGUGAAAAAUCGAUUUAUAGUGGAUUAGUACAUAUCAGCAACUGUGUUACCAUCAGAAUGAGUUAUUUUUUAUCUCUGAAAAGAAUGCUAUGUUCAAAAUUGUUUCAUGUGUAUUAAUGUAUCCUGAUGGGGUUUUUCUUGCUAAAAGCAGAUACUAAUUAAAAACUUUUUCCCUAUCAUCACCUUGUGAACUGUUGAUAAAACUAACAAAAAAUAGUGCAGAAUGUGCCAUGAUUUACCAUGAUAAUGUGGGGUUUUUUUCUUCCAAAAUCUGUUCAAAUAGCAGACUUGCUUCUAUUGCUGUCCUUUGAUUAAGUGGAGAAUGUAAUGCUUGGGUAAAACUGUUGCUCCUUUUUUGGAAUAGCAAGGGUCAGAAUUCCAAAUGAACUCUCUUUUGUAAAUUUGAGCUACUGUGUAGUACUUCCAAAGCAUAUUCAUAUUUUUGUGAUGGGGGAAUUUUUGCAAUGAAUAUUGUACUGUUUUGAUGCUCAGUAAUUUUUCUUAAAAUUGUCCAUAGUUUUAGUAGAAAAAUGAAAGAUUAAUGAAUUCAUUAUCAACUGAGUAAUUUAAUAUGAAAUACAGCCCAGAAAAUUUAAUUUCCCUGCACAAAAAUAUAAUUUUACAAUAUAUAUGUAUAUUUGUUUAGAGUUAUAUAUAUAUAUAUAUAUAUAUCUGUGUAUGUAUAUAUUAUAUUUAUGAAUGAAUGUUGUUUAAUCUUUAAUAUUGAAAUAGUAAAUGCCUAGUGUGUAUAACUGAUUUUAACUUAGAAACUCUCACUAUUGCAUAAUUAACAUUUUGUAGGCGGUGUGAUGUAUUAUUGAAAAAAUCCAGAAUGUGUCAGAGGUCUUUUGGAAAUAAGAAAAUUUUUGUAUAAUUAUUUACACUAGAUUAACUUUAUCUAACCUAAAUAAAGAUUAUAUAUUAAAAAAAAGAAUAUAAGGGAGGGGAAAUGCUGAAAAACAAAAUGAAAAUAAUCCAAUUGAAAAAUAAUUACAUUAAAGUUCCAUUGUAUUCUCUAGAUUAAAAAUAAAAACAGAAACCAUUGAAGCACAUAUACAUGUAUCAGCAUAAUUUAACUUAGAGCAACUGUUAUUAAGCAGGUUAUGGUGUGUAUUUUAUUUAUCCUUUUAAGGAGUGUAUGAUCUUAGAAUGUUAAAUGAAUUGAAAUAAACCGGUAUUAGUUCAUUAAA